AUGGCAUAUGCGACACCUUCUGAAAAGUAUGCCACGGUUCAACGUAGUGAACGUGAUGACUCAGCAUUCAAGCGAUCGGAUAACAACGUCAGACCACAACUGCAUAAAAUGAUCAACGAUGCAUUAGCUGAAUUCGACGACAUCGACCAAUACGCACAAUCUGAAACACCCAAACUCGUCGCCAAUAAUUCUCAUCACAGACUGAGUGAAGAGAUCGAUCGGUCACAGCGAAAGAAGACUUGUUCCCUUGCACGUGUUGCAGAAGACUGGAAUGGUGAUGCCGACAAAGAACAGCUUUCCGUGAAGAAGGGUGAAAUACUCAAGAUUAUUGAAAAGCAACGAACAGUGUGUAAGUGUAUGAAUAUGGCGGGGGAAAUCGGAUGGGUACCAACAGAGAACUUAGCCCGAACAAACGUCAAGAGACACUCAGCACAUUGA